UGCAAUUUCUCCUUCCAUAGCACGAACGACCUCCUCCCUCUCUCUCUCUCUCUCUCUCUCUAGUCGCUCUCGUCUCGAAGGGUUCUGGUUCUGCACGUCUUCCCCCUCCGCGCAUCGAGCUCGCUUCGCCAUUCCCGUUCGGCACCAGGUUCCACAAUGUCUUGGUGUACAAUUGAGUCUGACCCGGGUGUGUUUACUGAACUUAUACAGCAGAUGCAGGUGAAAGGGGUCCAGGUUGAGGAGUUGUAUUCCUUGGACCUUGACUCAUUGAACAGUCUCAGGCCUGUAUAUGGAUUGAUUUUCCUUUUCAAAUGGCGCCCUGGGGAAAAGGAUGACCGUGUUGUCAUAAAGGAUCCAAACCCUAAUUUAUUUUUUGCCAGUCAGGUUAUUAAUAAUGCAUGUGCAACACAAGCGAUACUGUCUAUCCUGAUGAAUUGUCCAGACAUAGAUAUUGGUCCUGAAUUGUCAAGCCUGAAGGAUUUCUCGAGAAAUUUUCCGCCUGAGCUGAAAGGUCUGGCAAUAAAUAACAGUGAAGCUAUCCGUACUGCCCAUAAUAGUUUUGCAAGGCCUGAGCCUUUUGUUCCGGAGGAACAGAAGGGUGCCACUAAAGAUGAUGAUGUGUACCAUUUCAUAAGUUAUUUGCCUGUCGAUGGAGUAUUAUAUGAGCUUGAUGGAUUAAAGGAGGGACCCAUCAGCCUUGGUCAAUGUCCUGGUGGGCCCGGUGACAUGGAUUGGCUUCAGAUGGUGCAACCGGUAAUCCAGGAACGGAUUGAGAGGUAUUCGAGAAGUGAAAUAAGGUUCAACCUGCUGGCAGUCAUCAAGAAUAGGAGAGAAAUAUAUACUGCUGAAGUUAAGGAGUUGCAGAAGAAAAGGGAGCGUAUAUUGCAGCAGAUAGGUGCUUUGCAGGCGGAGAGGCUGGUGGAUAAUGAUGCCCUCAAUGAAUCACUGUCAGAGACAAAUGCUGCUAUCGAGGCCGCUACUGAGAAGAUUUUGAUGGAGGAGGAAAAGUUCAAGAAGUGGAGAACCGAGAAUAUCCGUAGAAAACACAAUUACAUUCCUUUCCUCUUCAACUUCCUCAAGCUUCUUGCCGAGAAGAAGCAGCUAAAGCCGCUCAUCGAGAAGGCCAAGCAGAAAGCAAGCAACUCUAGGUGAUGGGAGCUCUCUGUGGUAACCAGUAGCUCCAAAAAAAUCUGACGAAAAGCACUCUUUGAAGGAACAAGUAGUAAAAUGCACUGAGGGGGAGAGCCACCAACUGUACCGAAAGAAACAUGCCUGAUUGCGAAGUCAUUGCCCCUCUUUCUUGACCAAACUGAUGGUGAAUUGGUGAUGAUGUUGAUGAUGAUGAUGUUGUUUUUAGUGUCUUUCAUAUUCGGUAUGAGACUCUGCCGGUGGCAGUAGACUUCCAUGAUGAUGCGAUGAGUGCGCCACGAUGAUGGACUUCGGUUUGGACACCAAUUUUGUUUUGUGUUGUGUGGGGACUGAAAAUCUGUGGAUGCUAGUGCCCAGUGCCUGGAGACCUCUAACCGAGAAAACACUACUGUGCCGGAAUGAUGUAAUCCUUUUUCAAGGACAAGUGCGAUACUGAAAAGGACUUGUUUAUUUCGCUGAAAAUUGAACAGUUUGAAAAAUAUAUUUUCACAAAAA